GCCGGGCGGCAGUUGCCGGCCCCGCAGUCAGGCGCGGCGCGGGCAGCCCGCGGGGGCCUGCCGGGCGGGUGUAGGCGGCGCGGCGCGGGGCAGCCGCUUCCUUUUGCGCUUGGCAGCGGCGGAGGAAGGAUGGGGAAGUGCCGCGGGCUCCGCACCGCCAGGAAGCUGCGCAGCCACCGCCGCGACCAGAAGUGGCACGACAAGCAGUACAAGAAGGCGCACCUGGGCACGGCGCUGAAGGCCAACCCCUUCGGCGGCGCCUCGCACGCCAAGGGCAUCGUCCUGGAGAAAGUUGGAGUAGAAGCUAAACAGCCCAACUCUGCCAUCAGGAAAUGCGUAAGAGUCCAACUGAUCAAGAAUGGCAAAAAAAUAACAGCCUUCGUUCCUAAUGAUGGUUGCCUGAACUUCAUUGAGGAAAACGAUGAAGUGCUGGUUGCUGGUUUCGGUCGGAAGGGUCAUGCUGUUGGUGACAUUCCUGGAGUUCGCUUCAAGGUUGUCAAAGUAGCCAACGUUUCUCUUUUGGCCUUGUACAAGGGCAAGAAAGAGAGACCCAGAUCAUAAACUGAGAUUAACUUGCCAAGAAUAACAAUAAAUUUUUUGAUUGGAAAAA